CAGAUCGAUAGCCCAACUUCAUUAUCUAUUGAUGCCAAAAAUUACAGCGAAAUAGUUUGAAAAGCCAUGGAUAAGGAGAAGAAGGAAGAAAGUAGCGCAAUUCACCCCGCGGUUGCGCCACUGUCCUACUUGUUGGGCACAUGGAAAGGCGAAGGCGAAGGAGGAUACCCCACCAUCAACUCCUUCCGCUAUGGCGAAGAGCUUCACUUCUCUCACCCUGCGUCUGGGAAGCCCGUCAUAGCCUACUCUCACAAGACCUGGAAACUCGAUUCUGGUCAGCCUAUGCACUCCGAGUCCGGUUAUUGGCGUCCUAAACCUCAUGGCUCUCUUGAAGUUGUCAUUGCUCAGAGCACUGGCCUUGCGGAAGUUCUCAAGGGGACCUACAGUGCAGAGGACAAUGUCAUCAAGCUUCAUAGCCAAGUCGUAGCCAAUGCUUCCAAGGUGAGGGAGAUAAGUCGAGUUUACGAGAUGGUUAAUGGAGAUCUACAUUAUGUUGUUCAAAUGGCUACCAAUCUUACCACUCUUCAGCCACAUCUUAAAGCUGUGCUCAAGAAGCUGCCAUAAAACUUCAACGUAAGUAGUUUUUCAUUUCGUUGGACCGGAUCAGACUAUUUUUUAUAUAAUAUCCCUAAACUCUGGUCCCGGUCAAAUGCCAGAGGCAGAUUGUUUUGGCUACAAAAGAUAUUGCAAUGUGGUGGCCAAGUCACAAUCUCUGGCGCAGAAACUGGAUUAUCGUGUAUUGAAGGCCAACUCAUUUAAAUGUUGACUUAAAACAAGUCCAACUUUCUUAUAAAUUAAAAAAAAAACUUCAUGACAGACAACAACUUAUGUUGAAAAGAAAUGGUAAUGUCUUACUUUAGGGUGGGUGCAGUUUGCAGAUUGAGAAAAUUAAGAUGAAUGAACAGCUGGAUCAUUCAUUGACUUUGCAUUACUUGACUAAAUCAACUGUCUAAAUCCUUAGCAUUUGGCAUUGGAUUUACGUUAAUUCACCACUAUCACAUUUCCAGUCGUGUGUGAUAUUGAAUAAAUUUAGAAUUCCAAUA